AUGGGGCGGACAAUCGCCUCCCAGGAGGAUCAGCUGCGGCGUGGGAUGGAGACCCUUCAGGAGACCCGCCUCGCGCUCGAGCGACUGAAAGGGCAGGCGGAGACAACGGAGAAAACCCUUCAAGUGCAGUUAGUUGGGAUGAGUGAGAAGGCGAACCACCAUCAAGAGGAGGCCGAGCGCUACGGCAGACAGUUGGAGGCGAAAGAGAGUGCCUUACUUGCGGCGACGACCGCGUUAAAUACACUAAAGGACAGUUCGACAUUGGCGAAUAGCACCCUUCGUGAUCAGAUCACGGCGGCGAAUGCCUCCAUUUCGGUCUUCAAGGAAGACAAUGAACGGCUGAAGUAUGAGCUUAAACAGGUACAACUAAAACAUCAGGAAACGCAAUCCACCCUUAGCCAAGAGGUCGCCGCUUUGCGAUUAAAAAUUGAGGAAUAUCAGACGACCGCUCAGACCAAUUGGCAGCAUCUGCGCGAUAAGGAGGAGGAGAUCCGACGACUUGAUCUCAUCCACGACAAGAUGCUAAAAGAGCAGAAGUAUGAGCACGCCUCCGCCAUGGAGGCGCUUUGUCGUAGCAAGGAUGCGGAAUUACAAAGCACCCUUUCCCGUUUAGAGCGCUGUCAGGCCGAACUUAUGGACCACACCGGGGGCAAGAAGAGCCUUUCGCAGGAUCUGGAGCGGUACGCCGAGCGCACGCGUCAGCUAAAGGAGAAGCUUAUCAGCGCGCAGAGUUCUCUGGCCUCGAGGGAGGAGAUGAUUGCGGGGCUAAAGCGGAGUUUGGAGGAUGCGAAUGGUAAACUAUUUCAGCAGGACCAACGUCACGCCGCGGACGUGCAAGCGGAGGCGCAGCUUCGUCAUCGCAUGGAGGAGGUCGAGCGGGAUCGGGCGGAGGGGGAAAAGGCCCUAGUUCGCGUGGAGACCACCGUCGCCGCGCGGGAUGCCAUCGUUCGGAAAUUAGAGGAGACCAUCGCCAAGCUUCAGGAGAAUGCGCAAAUUCACCAAACUCGGCUUCAGAUGCUGGAUCGACAGGUGGUUGAGCAGCAGGAGGCUGAGAUGAUCUCCCGCCGAGAGCUGGCCUCGCGAGAGAGGGACAUCGAGACGCUUCGGCAUCGCCUGGGGCAGGUCGAGGCUCAAAUGGAGGAGGGGCAAAAAGCGUUAAAGCAGGCCCAGCAGCACACCGAGGACGCACGGAAUGCGGUCAAAGUUAUGGAGGACGAAACGCGGCGUUUGCGGGGGGAUCUGGAGGGCCGUUCGGCGGAAUUCAAGCGUACCGCUGAGCAUGCGAAGGAGAUUGAAGAGCUGGCGCGUAGGAAAUCGGAGGAACUUCGGCAGGCCCUUGAGACUCGCGACGAGGCGAUCACGACGAUGCAAAGGGAGCGCGCCGCCAUCUUGCCUCGCCUUAAUGAAGAGGAAAGCAAAAAUUUAGUCCUGCAGGAGAAACUCCAGCAUCAGAAGGAGCUCGAGCAGCUGACCGUUUCCGGCCUGCAGGAGCGCAUUGCAGAUCUCGAACUGACCUUGCAGUCCAACGCGAUGGAGAUGGAGGCGGCGAAAGCGCUUCAGACCGAUCUUCGGGAACAAAUCGACCAAUUCCAAGCCCAAAUGCAAACCCAGCGGGGGGAAUUUGCCGCUCUGGAGAAAAAAUAUCUCGCCUACAAGGACGAACUGCGGAAGGCCCACGCGGCUCACGAAAGCGACAAGGCCGGUGCGCUUCUCCAGGGCGAGCGCCAGGAGUCGGAGCGGGCCGCCCUCCACGCGCGAUGUCGGGCCUUCAAGAAGGAAAAGGCCAAAAUGGCGGCCUGGAUUGCGCACCUCGAGGAGAAACUUCAUUUAUCCACCACCACGGCGAAGGCCGGGCAGGAGCGGGAAUGCGGGCUUUUAAACGAUUUGAAGGCCUCCGAGGCCGCCUUGGCGACCUUGCGGGCCUCCUCCCCCCCUCCAGGGCGUCUUGCGAAUUCCCUAAAAGUUGUCCGCGGGGUGGAAGGUGGGGGAGGGAAUUUCCCAAACAACGCCCCGGCGGGUUUUUUCCACCCCGGGCUUUUUAUCCGCCCCGCCGAUUACGCGGGGGAGGCCCUCGCGAUGAAGUCGGCCUGGGCGGGGCUUCUUUUGGGGCUCCACCGCGAGAUGAUGGAGGAAAUCGGGGGGUAUUUUCGCCAGGUCGGGAAGGAAUUAACGCGAAUGGGGGAGGUCCAUCGUGUGGAAUUGACAAAGUUGAGGGAGGCCCAUCGCGUGGAAUUAACGAGGCUGAGGGAAAGCCAUCGCGCGGAGCUCGCCGAGCUCGCGGAAUCGCGCGAGGCCGAGCUUUUCGAAAGCCACCGCACGAAGGAGGACGCGAUGGCGGGGAUGGGGGCUCGCCAUCGCGCGGACUUCACAAAGCUGCGCGAGGACCAUCGCGGGGAAUUGCGAAGAGUGGAGGAGGCUCAUCGCGCGGAGUUGACCACGACAAAGGAGGACCAUCGCGCGGAAUUGACGAGGCUGAGGGAAAGCCAUCGCGCGGAGUUGGCCGAAGUUGCUGCCUCGCGCGAGGCCGCCCUGUUGGAGAGCCGCCGUGCGAAGGAGGCCUGGGAGGGGGUGAAGGGCGAAGUCGCGCCGCUUCGCCGGCGGCUGGCGGACGCGCAGGCGGAGGGCCGCCAUCACGAGGACGACCUGCGCGAGCUCCGCGCGGAGUUGACGGCCCUCCAACGCGUCUGUUCCCCCCCAAGGGCCGAAAUCGCGAAGCCGGAGGAGGGGCAGGGGGCCCCCUCGCGCGCCUUUGAUGAGCUUCGCCAGGCCCACGACGCCGCAAAUCGCGAGCUUCGCCGGCUCCAGCGCUACCUUGCGGGACAGAAGGAGCGGAUGGACGGGAUGGCGGGGGAGAUUCGGCGCGCGCAGGCGGCGGAGGCCGCGGCCCUCGCGCGGGAUCAGGCCCUUCGCUCUGAACUCUCCGCGCUGCGCGAGCGGUGCGCGAAUUUGGAGUCGCUCAACCACAUCGGGGAGGCCGCGCUCACCGAGGCGGGGCGGCGGGAGCGGGGGCUGUCGGCCAAGCUGGCGGAGCUGCGGAGCGCGCAGGAGGUGAUGCAGGUUUGUUUUGACAAACAACAAGAGCAGAUCGAGGUGGGAAGGCGUCUGCGGGAGCAAGGCUCCGAAUAA